AUGGAUAAGAGGAAGAAAGCAUCUAGUACAGAACUGAGGCUUAUGGUGGUUGGUAGUAGUGGACCUUCUCAGUUCCUACUAACUAAUGCCAUUCUUGGGAGAGAAGAGUUUUCCAAGGAUAUCACCAGCAUUUCUGGCAGCAGGAAGAAUGUUGGAGAGCUGGCUGGCAGGCGAGUGGCUGUGAUCAACGGACCAAACAUCUAUGACAAGGAUAUAUCUCAAGCCAAGAGGAAGAUGGAGCUGAGACGGUCCAAGUGCUUGUGUAUCCCUGGUCCCCAUGCCUUUCUUGUUGCCUUUGACAUGGAGAAAAUCUCCCCGAAUGAUAUAAAAACCCCAAGACUGCUGAAGGAACGCUUUGGAAAGCACUGUCUAGGGCACUGCAUGGUCCUCCUGGCCUACGAAGGAAAUCUGGAGGGAGCUGCCUUGGAGGACAAGGUGCAGAAGACUGGCUGGCACCUGAGAGAACUUACAGAGAAGUAUGGUGGACGCUUUUACAUUUUCAACAAAAACUGGAGAGAUCGCAGCCGGGACAGAGAGCUGCUGCAGAAGAUAGAGUGGAUGGUGGCCUCAUUAGGGGGGGCUCACUUCUCCAGCAGAACUUUCCAGAAAGCAGAGGAGUGCGUGAAGAAGGAGGAAAAGAGGCUCAGGAAGCAGAGAGCCGCAGAAAUAGAGAAGGCAUGGACUGAGAUGGAGAAGCAGUACAUAGCAGAGGAGUUGUAUCACCAGAAGGAUGCCUAUACCAGUAGUGUUGGUGCUGAGAUCAGAGCCAAGGCGGAGGUGGACAACGGAUGGCUCAGAACUUCCCUGGCCAGAGGGCUGGGGACAGGUUUUGUUGUGGGAGCUGUCAUGGGAGCGCUGGUUGGGUCUAUAGAGGGACCAGGAGGGAUGGUUCUAUAUGGGAUCAUAGGUGGUGCAGUGGGAGGAUCGGCAGGAGGAACAGCCCAGGUAGCUAUAAAGCAUAUGGAAGACAGAGUGGCUCCACCUGCCAGACUCAACUUUAACUCAAUCUUUAUCAAUCGCUUCUUCGCGGCUCCUCGACCAUGA